AAUAUCCACUGUACAAGUAUCAACAGUUAUAGCAUAAAGAACCCAACCAAAAUGUCAUCUCUUGCUUUCAGAUCCUUGAAGAAUGGUUCAUUAUUGAAGAACUCUUUAAGAACUUUAUCUUCUACCACUUCCACUUUAACCAACUACCAACACCCAGACUACAGUUCAUACUUGAACAACAAGAGCCAAGAUAGUAGCAGAAACUUUGCUUACUUCAUGGUUGGUUCUAUGGGUUUAUUAUCUGCCGCAGGUGCCAAGUCCACUGUUGAAACUUUCCUUUCUUCCAUGGCUGCCUCUGCUGAUGUCUUAGCUAUGGCCAAGGUUGAAGUUAAGUUGGGCGCUAUUCCAGAAGGUAAGAACGUCAUUAUCAAAUGGCAAGGUAAGCCAGUUUUCAUUAGACACAGAACUGCUGAUGAAAUCGAAGAAGCUAACAAGGUUGAUAUUUCCUCUUUGAGAGACCCUCAAAAUGAUUCUGAUCGUGUUAAGAAGCCAGAAUGGUUAGUCAUGUUGGGUAUCUGUACCCACUUGGGUUGUGUUCCUAUCGGUGAAUCUGGUGAUUUCGGUGGUUGGUUCUGUCCAUGUCACGGUUCCCAUUACGAUAUCUCCGGUAGAAUCAGAAAAGGUCCAGCCCCAUUAAACUUGGAAGUUCCACAAUAUGAAUUUGCUGACGAAGAAACCUUAAUUGUUGGUUAAGCAGGGCCCCAUUCUGACUCCCAUUCCUGUAUAUCAUGAUCAUUUUGUAAAACAAAAGAGCAGAGAGAGAUUUAUUCAUACUUUUCAUCCUUUGUACAUUUUUGCCAAUUCUCAUAUUUAUUGAUAUGUGAAUCCCUCUACCCAUAUAAUUAUACAUAUAAAAAAAGAGUAUACAUGGCAUUAUACAUACCAGUUUAUUUUUGAUUUUAAUAUUUGAGUUUUGUUUGUGUAUAUUCGUAAUAAAAAUAUAAAGCUUUAGUAACUAGAUUUCAUUAAAGAGCAAUUAUAAGUGAGGAUUUUCUUCAAGAAUAGCACUUAAUUCGUCUGGAAUCACUUUCCAAAUUUGUGAACUCCAAUCUUGUUUGAUUUUGUCAAUAGUUAAUCCUUCAGAAUAAUCCCUGAUGGUAUUAAAAUUGAAAAGCUUCAAUUGCAGUAACAGUUGAAAGAAUUUUUCCCCAAUAUCGGGAGGAAGAUUGGUGGGAUUAUAAUCUGAAACGUAAUGAAGUCUAUAAAAGACACUCCAGUGAAGAAUACAAUCUUCAGGAAGUAUUCUGGAUUCUCCUAAAUUUGGGGAAACGACACGUUUACGUUCACCAUACCGAUCUUCAAUCUUGUAGCUUAUGGGCAAUAAUUCUAACGCCCACCAGAAUAAUGAUUCAAACAUGGUAGUGCUUCCUCUUCCGUCAAAUCGGCAAAUAGGUGCUUUUGGAAGAUAGGGGUAUUUACCAACUACUCCCGUUGCGCGAAGCUGAUCAGGAUAGUGUUGCAUGAGUGCUAAAACAUCAUGAUGAUAUGACAACAAACCCAAAUAAGAAGGAAAGGUUGUUGCAAAAGUACCAAUAGCUCCAAGUUUGAAAACAACUUUGAAUUUAAUUGCUUGUGCCAACAUCCAUCUAAGUGAAACGUUGGACAAAAGUUGAUUGCCAUCAUUAGAUUCCCAUCCCCCGCCG